CGGAUCCGGAGGAGGGUCGCGAUCCGGGUUUGGACCAGGCUUUCAGAGCCCUGCUCCCCUGGCCCCUCGGCGAUGUAGCCUUUCCACCAGCUUGUGGCUUCUCCGACCGCCCCUUAGCUAGGAGGUUCUGGUCCCGGGCCGCCACCUCUAUAUUGAAUGGAAGGGUCCUCUCCUGAUAGGUCCAGGUCGUCCCCGAUACAGGCUGUGUCUUCCCCAUCAGACCCAGAUCCCGCGGGUGUCUCCCCCGACCGGUGGGGAACUCUACGUGGGAGUAGGGGUCGGAAUCUGCUGGUAGCAGGGGAGCAGCUGGGGCAAGACUGUUUCCUUGGACGGGGAUCGAGCCUGCUCCGCGAGGCCAGCAGCCCUGUGAGGGCAGGGCUGAGCCUCCCGCAAUAGACUGGGAUCUACGGAGUAGUCCGCCCUCAGCCUGGAGCUCCUUGGGCUGGGCAGUGGUUCCGCCCUCAGCCUGGGAGCUGGCUGGGCAAGGAUUGUCUCUCCCAUCAAUCAGGGCUCCUCGACAGGGCUGUGUCCUCAUCAGACUGGGAUGUUCCUGAGGGCAGGCGGCCCUGUCCCCUCAGGGAGUCCUCAGGACAGGACUGUUUCCCAUCAGACAGGGUGGCCCUGGUACCCUAGAAUGUCCCAUCAGGGGAGGUCCUAUGGUGGCAUGUUUGGGAUGUAGGAGUCUGUUGGAAGGUGAAAUUUGAGAAGAGAGGACCAGGCAGUAAUUCAGUCGCUGGCUGGGAGCACAAUAGAGUCCCAGCUAAGAGCAGACUUGCCCCAAGGGAUCCCCAUGUAGGCUGGGGGUUAGCAACAGGUGAGAACAUGGCCCUCAUCCCACCCUCCUUUGGGUAGAGGACAUUCACAGCAUAGUGGCCCAUGGCAGCUUUCAGAAAGAGACUCGGGUGGCCCAGUAUGGGCCAGGGUGACUGAGGCACCGUCCUGGGGGAAGUGACCCCGGGCUUGGGCCUGAGGGAACCUGAGGCUGCAGUGUGUGGGUCCCUGGUGGAGGGAGCCUACCUGGACUCCGUGUCCCCUGUCUGUCCCACUUGUUUCCCCUGCCAUAGCUGGGGCCAGUGGGGCCUUGAUGGUGGCCAGGGAGCUGGCUUAUGUGUGGGGCUGGCUCCCUGGUGUGUGCUGCUGUCCCUCUCUUCGUGGUAAGGGGCUUGGGGCUGCACCAGGAUGGGUGCCUGAGGAGCCCAGCCACCCUUUCCCAGAUCAGUGGGCAGCUCUCGCCUCGCCUCUUCCGGAAGCUGCCGCCGAGGGUCUGUGUGUCACUCAAGAACAUCGUGGACGAGGAUUUCCUUUACGCAGGGCACAUCUUCCUGGGCUUUUCCAAGUGCGGCCGCUAUGUGCUGUCCUACACCAGCAGCAGCGGGGAUGACGACUUCUCCUUCUACAUCUACCACCUCUACUGGUGGGAGUUCAACGUACACAGCAAGCUGAAGCUGGUCCGGCAGGUGCGGCUCUUCCAGGAUGAGGAGAUCUACAGUGACCUGUACCUAACCGUGUGUGAAUGGCCCAGUGAUGCCUCCAAGGUCAUCGUCUUUGGCUUCAACACCCGCUCACCCAACGGCAUGCUCAUGAACAUGAUGAUGAUGAGUGAUGAGAACCACCGUGACAUCUACAUCAGUACCGUGGCUGUGCCACCACCUGGCCGCUGUGCUGCCUGUCAGGACGCCAGCCGGGCGCACCCAGGGGACCCAAGUGCACAGUGCCUGCGACAUGGCUUCAUGCUGCACACCAAGUACCAGGUGGUCUACCCGUUCCCCACCUUCCAGCCUGCCUUUCAGCUCAAGAAAGACCAGGUGGUGCUGUUGAACACCAGCUACUCCCUGGUGGCCUGCGCCGUCUCCGUGCAUGCAGCAGGUGACAGUGGCUUCUGUCAGAUCCUGUAUGACCACACAGCCUCUCCGCUGCCCCCGUCCAGCCCCCCGGGACCCUGCAGCCCUGAGACACCCCCCACCCUCCCCAACCUCUGCCCAGAGGCUGCCCCAGCCUGUCCCUCAGGGGCCUCUGAGCCCUCACCUGCCAUCGCCAGAGCCAAGGAGUUUGUGGCUGACAUCUUCCGCAGGGCCAAGGAGGCAAAGGGCGGGACUGCUGAGGACACCCGGCUUCCUCCCUGCCCUGGGCCCUCAGGCAGCCGGUGCCGGCUGUCCUCAGAGCUCCCGGGCCUCUGUGGUGAGGCAGCACCCAGGGACAGUCCUGCCGCAGCACCUGCCCUGGAGCCUGGCUAUGUCAACUACACCAAGCUGUACUACGUGCUGGAGGCCAGUGAAGGGGCAGAGCCUGAGGAUGAGUUCGAGGACGACAAGAUCUCCUUGCCCUUUGUGGUAACUGACCUCCGAGGCCGAAACCUUCGUCCCAUGCGGGAGCGAACCGCCAUCCAGAGCCAGUACCUGACGGUGGAGCAACUCACACUGGACUUUGAGUACGUCAUCAACGAGGUCAUCCGCCACGAUGCCACGUGGGGCCACCAGUUCUGCUCUUUCAGUGACUAUGACAUCGUCAUUCUGGAGGUCUGCCCAGAGACCAACCACGUCCUCAUCAACAUUGGCCUGCUGCUGCUGGCCUUCCCGUCCCCCACGGAGGAGGGCCAGCUCCGACCAAAGACCUAUCACACCAGCCUCAAGGUGGCAUGGGACCUCAACACGGGCAUCUUUGAGACAGUCAGCGUGGGUGACCUCACCGAGGUCAAGGGGCAGACGAGUGGCAGUGUCUGGAGCUCAUAUCGCAAGGGCUGCGUGGACAUGGUCAUGAAGUGGCUGGUGCCUGAGAGCAGCGGCCGCUAUGUCAACAGGAUGACCAACGAGUCACUGCACAAAGGAUGCUCGCUGAAGGUGCUGGCGGACAGUGAGCGGUACACAUGGAUCGUGCUGUGAGGGCCCAGCUGCCCAGACACUGACGCCAACUACCUCCGCAGCUGGAGCUGGCCGCCCCUGUGCCGGCCUCUGCCCGACUGGUGGCCCAAGACGUUGACAGUAGUGUUGGGCUGCAGGAAGGGCUGGGCAGUCAGCCCAGCAGCCGGAGAGUCUGGACGCUUUUUUUAUUUAUGCGUAUUUAAGUUGGGAAGGGGCAGAGGGGGAGCCCUGCCCCCCCAGCCUGGAGUGCCCCCCUUCCUGCCGUGGGCCCGGACCUAGUCUGCAUUUGCCCCUUUCCUGGGCACUGCUGCCAGUGGGACCCUCGGGGAGAUGAAUAAGUCCUGGCUUCCCCUGCCCUGCCCACCCAGCCUCACCGCGCUGCAGGUGGUGGGGAGCCCAUGAGCACCCCACUUUGUCCCUCUUCAUGUAAUAAAUGCUUUAUUUCCAAA